AGGAAAAAGGGUCCACAGUUAUAGGAAACACUUCUCAGUGCCUUUUUUCUGAGGAGCUCGAUGAGCUCAUGGACAUAACCAUGAGGAGGACUGGUGAGAGUGAGAAAGGGUCAUCAUAUCCCAAGGGCAGCGAAGCAAGUUGGCACCAAAGAAUUCCUGAUAUAAGGAAAACCAGAGCAAUCAAACCUGAUUACAUGUAGACCCAGGAGCACAUUUGGCAUAACCAAGCAACGUAAAACAGUUUCAUAUCCUUUCCUGGAGGCACUGACCACUGAGAACCUCUGGUACCCAAGGUGCCCUCCCUCAGUACUAAGAAGGAGGGAAUGUCAUUCAGCCGGGUAGCCCUCUGUCCUCUACAGCUAUACCCUAUUUCAGUUGUGGCCUCCAUUUACAGAUCCUGGGUAGUGUCUUUUGUAGCUCUCCAUCCACCAAUCUACUUAGUUCUGUGUACAGCCCAAUAGAGGUCACCUUCUGGGCCCACAACAUCACGGGACAAGAGGACACCCAGCAGGUCUUCCGUGUACAAAACGCGUUUCCCCAAGAAGACUAAAAUCAUAAAAAAACGCAUCAAUGACAUCAUGCUGCUGAAGCUGGAGAAAAAGGCCAAGCUGACUAAAGCUGUGCAGCUCCUCAGGCUGCCCAAGGGCAGGACAGAGGUGAAUCCAGGUACCCAGUGCCAGGUGGCUGGAUGGGGAACUUUUACUCCAGAGGGAACAUACCCAGAAACACUGCAGGAAGUGGAGAUGAUAGUGCUGAAGGACGAGAAGUGUGAGGAACUCUUCCCAAAGUAUUAUGAUCGUGCUACUGAGAUUUGUGUGGGAGACCCAAAGAUUAAAAAUACUUUGCUUAAGGGUGACUCCGGAGGCCCCCUGGUGUGUAAUAAUGUGGCACAUUUUCUCCUAUGGAUGAAAGAAUGGAACAACACCAUGUAUCUUUACCAAACUCUCAUGGUUUUUACACUGGAUAAAGAAUACUAUGAAACAGAGCUGACUGCACACAGUAAAGUAAAUCCCGUCUAUGAGCAACCAUCUUACCUGGAGCUGAGUCUAGAAUCAUUCUAGAGCAGAUCCCAGCAACUAAAUAAAUGUUUCAUCUCAGUGGAAGGCUAGUUUCUUGUUUUCUCACUUACUUUGGUUCAUGGGGACCAACUCUGUGGUAAGCAGGACAGUGACACAGUUCUGAUGAUUUCUGCCUCCUCCACUCCUUCUCCACUCAAUACCUUUCCAAAUCCCCUCUCAAAACUUUUACCAAGCUCUGCCUUAUACACUUUAGCUUCUCCACAGCCUCUCUUUUUGCAAGGGCUACAGUUAAGCACCAACUGAAGAAAAAGUGGACAUCUUUCUUUCGAGGG